GAGAGCGAGAAGAAGGAAGGACAGGGAUAGUUGGGCUUACUGAUAGGACCUGUGUAGUUUGUGCAGUUUGCUGUGUUCUAAGAAUUGGUGGGCAGCAAACGAAUCGUCUUCCCUUGGGGGUCUUUGCCACAAGGAGCUGUGGUCACCUCUUUGCAUUGCUGAAGGAAACAAAAGAAACACAAAUUACCAGCUGGCACUACAACAACUUUCCAGUGACUGUCCAGUAGCCCAAUGGUGGAUUUACCCUGACCAACAUCCCAUUGUGACGUUAGAGUGACGCUUGGUCAAAUCUAUUUAUUUAUAUCCGUGGAACGCAGGGCUCAGGAUUUUGGCGUUAUAGGGACAUCUCCAUCGUUAUUGAGGAAACUUUCCACUGCUGUUGUGGGGACGCACUAAAGGGACUUUAAUUGAAGAGUCUCCCUCCAGGGGGACGGCGAGGGACUACCCACAAAAGGGAAGAUGUUCUAGAGAUUGGAGUUUUGUCCUAAACGAGCGCUCGGCCUUCACUGUUGAAGAUGAGCAAUGAGGAUGAGUUCUACGAUGCCGUCACAGGCCUGGACUCAGACGAGUCGUAUGAGGGCGUGUCAGAGGCCAGUUUUAAAGAUGCCGUGCUGUAUGAUGGUGGCUCUCAGGGGAACAGCGCCUCAGUGCCACAGGAGAAUGGAAUCAAGAAACACAGGACGUCGUUACCUGCCCCCAUGUUCUCCAGAAACACUAUCAGUGUCUGGAGCAUCCUGAAGAAGUGCAUCGGGCUGGAACUGUCCAAGAUCACGAUGCCCAUUGUCUUCAACGAGCCUCUGAGUUUCCUGCAGAGGAUCACAGAAUACAUGGAACACACAUACCUCAUCAACAAGGCCUGCUCACUGUCUGACUCCAUAGAGCGCAUGCAGGCAGUUGCUGCCUUUGCUGUGUCAGCAGUGGCAUCCCAGUGGGACAGAACUGGAAAGCCCUUCAACCCUCUGCUGGGAGAGACUUACGAACUUAUGGGAGAGGAGCAGGGUUUCAGGCUAGUAUCAGAACAGGUGUCCCAUCACCCACCGGUCAGUGCCUUCCAUGCUGAGAGCCUGGGCGGGGACUUUGUCUUCCAUGGAUCCAUCUAUCCCAAACUCAAGUUCUGGGGAAAGAGUGUGGAGGCGGAGCCCAAAGGGACCAUCACACUAGAACUACUCAAGCACAAUGAGGCGUACACGUGGAGUAACCCUUACUGCUGUGUUCACAAUGUGAUCCUGGGCAAACUGUGGAUAGAACAGUACGGGACAGUGGAAAUAGUCAAUCACAGUACUGGGGAUAAGUGUGUGUUGAGCUUCAAGCCCUGUGGAAUGUUUGGGAAGGAACUUCACAAAGUUGAGGGUUACAUUCAGGAUAAGAGUAAAAAGAAGCGCUGUGUGAUCUAUGGGAAGUGGACAGAGUGUGUUUGGAGUGUGGACCCUCAGGUCUAUGAAGCCAACAAGAAGGCCGACAAAAGAGGAGAUAACAAAAAGCACAAACAGGAAGAGCCUGAGAGAACAGAGAAUGACGAUGCAGAUGACAUGCCAGUGGUCCAGGAGACAGUGUCGGUCAUACCAGGAAGUACCCUGCUGUGGAGGAUAGCAUCUAGACCUGUGCAUUCCUCCACGAUGUAUAAUUUUACUAGCUUCGCUAUGUCUCUAAAUGAGCUACAACCUGGCAUGGAAGCCAUUUUGGCACCCACCGACUGCCGCCUUAGGCCUGACAUUAGAGCCAUGGAGAACGGCAACAUGGAAGAGGCCAGCCGGGAGAAGGAGAGACUGGAGGAGAAGCAGAGAGCUGCCAGGAAGGACAGGGCAAAGCAUGAUGAGGAAUGGUCUACUAGGUGGUUCCAGCAGGGUACCAACCCAUACACGGGCUCUCAGGACUGGCUCUACACUGGGGGCUACUUUGAUAGGAACUACACAGGGCUGCCUGACAUCUACUGAUAGCCACCUAGCCUUCACCCCCCCUCUUUCUCCUCCCCUUCUUUUGCAGUCUGCAGUGACAUAUCCUGACCUGAACUCAAGUGACGUAGAAAUGAUCCAUAUGCUUGCUUUCCCUUCAAUCUUCCUCAUCCUUCUCCUAUUGCACCACAGCAGCCUGCUACUGGCACACUGCUAGCCUUCGUCAUCAUCUUACUCCUCUUAAAAAUGCAGCAGUGUGUCCACCAUGGAUUGGAGAGCUGUAUGUUUGAUUCCAAUGGACUCUCCCUCCUCCUCCACUGAAAACUGAUGCAGUCAGCCUGAUGUCAGUUUGGAGAGACGUAUGAAUUUCCAUAAAACCGUGACUCCAGUCUUAUCCCUCUUCUCCCUCAUCAUCACCAGGAGUCAUGAACUUCAUCUCUGCUACAGCAACCCACAGAAUCUCAUCAUUUUCAUAAAUUAUAAUGCUCAUUGAAGGACAGACUCUGACUUGUUGAGUGUCAAACAACUCUUGUUUUGUGUCGCUGAGAAUCUCCAUCCUUUUGUCUUUGUAUCACAUGGAAGGUCCCUGGCUAUCUCAACCUUCAUCGUUUAGAGCACAAUAAUCCUUACACAACCCCCUUAACACAUCUCUCACAAGCAAAUAAUCAUAUUAUUUUGAACUCAUUGCUGUAAUCUUUUUCCCUUUUAUUCAUUCGUCUCGCUCUUAUUUGAUAGUAGUGUUUCUGGGCUCUGACGCAACUGCCUUUUACAUUUACUCUCCUGAAUUCACCAGCUGCUGGAUCACCGCCUUAAUCGGGAAUAAUUCAAACAAAGCCCAUCCAGUUCCUUAUAAGUUGCAAUGACAACAGGUGUUCAAAUGUGGAUGACUGUGGUCUUUGAGGGACAUGAUUUUGAGGGCAAAUGAAAAAAAAAAAUCUAACUUGGGCUAUAGGUUAGUACUGCCGAUUGGUUGGCCUUAGUGUCACAACCUUGGACACAAGACAUGGAGCUUCCCAUCUUCUCUCACUGGUCUGGCACCAUCAUCAUUGUAGUGCUACUUGAGGUUUUUAAACCAAACUAGGGAACAUAACUAUGUCUAAAAAAAAAAAACUAAAAAAAAAACGGUGUACCUGAUGGCUGUAGCUUGACAAGCAGAGAGCCAGGGGAACAGAGCAAUUUAUGCUGAAUGGGGAGAACAUAACUCACUUGGAAAAAACACAAGGAAGACAAGUUUUUAUGGAUGCAGAAGGAAACGAAGCAGGACAGCGGUUGAAUUUAAGUAAAACUCAAAUGCUCAGAUCAUUAAACUCUUCACCACCUCUAAACUUGACCAUUAAAAACAGUUGGCCUUCAGCCACCGAAGAAAUGUAUCAAUGCGUUUACCUAUAGACACUAUUUUUCAUCCGGGACAUAUCUUUGCUCAACAAUCCCCAUUGUUUACUCCUGAACUGAAUUCACUGUUUCAGGGCUUGUUAAACCUUUGGAACCCAACUGAUGAAUUUAUUUUUAUCUUGGGAGCCCUGGGCUCUCAAAACACUCUCUUCUAGACUCUUCCUAUGGUGGCCCACAAAGGGUAGGCCCGACACUGUGGGGUCCUGACCCACUGUUAUGUGAAUGUUGAACUGUUUGUUUGCUGGGCUGCGUGGCUAACUGGGUAAAUGUGCUAGCUGCUAAUUAUUAUCUUGGUAGGCGUUCAUUCCCCAGCUACUUAAGUUUACCUAUGUAAAGAAACCCCAGAAUGGAUCCAAACAAGGGCAGUAAGUAAGCUGAUUUUUUUAAAAGUGAAUUAAUAUUGAAUAAUAACAAUAAAUAAACUAAAUGAUCGGAUUAUUUUCAAGGCUGAUGAAAUGGAUAAAUAGCGUUUUUCAUUUUGUUCAUCAAUUCGGGGAAAUGCUCGCUUUCCUGUCUCGCACAGAACAGCUUUGCCCCCCAAGAAACACCCCGGUUUGGUAAUCAGGAAUAAUGCAUGUGCCAGAGAAAGAUCAGGUCAUUCCCACACAGUGAAAACUCGAAAUUUUGUGCCCAUUUAAAUCUGGACACGAGGCUGGAUUCGCUCAAAAAGGGUCGAGUCAAAUCCUGCACAAAUAUGCUGGUUGGCUAUCCCAUUAGAAGAUGACAUUAAAGUCCAGGACUCUGUGCUUAUGUAAGGCUUUUGCAUUUUACGUUCGUUAUCGCUGAAUAUUAAUGAUUUGUGUGAAUGAGUGCAGAAAUGUGUACAGACAAUUAAAGCCAUAUUAACUUUGUGUAGACGCCAGGUUGUGGAUGUAUGACAGGAGAGGCCAGACAUGCCUUGUGAAUGAACUGAACUUGAGAAUGUGAACUGUUGAAUUUACCAAUAUUGUCACUAUAGCAUGAUUCAUGUCAGUGUAAAAUAUCAUAACCUUGUUUAUUUAGGUACCCUCGUCUCCAUCUGGAGUGGAGUUCAGAAUUUAUUCAGAGAUUAAAGUUGGAACUCGGUGACGGAUGGACUUAACUCGCAUCAUCACCUUUUCUUACCGUAGUGGCUGAUUGUAGUGCAAAGGAGACAUUCUUUAAAAAGUACAUGUCAAGAGUUUGGGUUCAAAAUGAGAUGUUAUUGUCAUUUUAAGGAAAAACAAAAUCAUAGCAAAAAGGUUACACCAUUACUCUCGUGAUUGUGAGCACAACAUUAUGAUAGUGGUACUUUUUAAAGGAUGCAAAGUGACUGAAGUCCUUUGUUGCCUAAGGAUGAUGCUUUUAGGGGCUAUUCUCCACAUAUUAGGUAAAUGAAAUGAAUAUAGACGCUGUUAUUAAAUUGAAUUCUUCAUGUAUAGUAACCCAUAAUUCAACAGAUAUCAUGCGAAUACUAUUUUCCUCCUAGCACCUCCAAAUGUUUUGGUCUUGUGCCAGAAAAUCAUAUUAAGCCUACCAUAAUAGUUUACGCUCAAUGGGUCUAAUGACCCAGAAUAUUAUCUUUAAUAAGACAGAUGUUUAUCAUUCCAUAUUUAGCUCCGUAUGAAUAGUAAAACCCAUGAAACUAUGUAGUUCAUAUAAAGUUAGUGUUUCCAAACAGACAUUUGCCUUUCUUUUGGGUCCAGUAGGACCUAAUGCGGCCAUUUUUACAUUGUGAACCAAAAUCGAACCGCAGGAAGAAAACAUGUCUAAAUUGUGUUUGGACUGGACACCAAGCCACGCUGGUGUAAAUGCAGCCAAGGGCCAAUACAAACACCAGAAUUGGCGAGUGACUUUCAUUUAUGGAGGUGUAAUAGUGCUACAUCUGGGUUGACACCAUCUAGAUUAAAAGUGGCUUGGCAGUGCUUCAGAUUAUGAAAUUACAAAUCCCUUAUUUUUGAUAUCUCUG